AUGCGCUGCCUCGUCCUUUGUCUGGACCCUGGCGGUGCUAGUACUAUCCUCGGAGAAGAUGAGGGUAUGAUGCGCUUUUGCCUCGGUCUCGCUGUCAAGAUCCCCGAUGUAUGCGGUACCGCUGACUGCGGCCUUGGGGUUAUUGAUCUGGCCAAGCAACAGGCCUUCCCCAUCAAGCACCUUCGCAACGCAACAACUACGUCAGUAUCCUGGGGGGAGGACCUUGUACUGGAUCUCAUCCUCUGGAAGACAAAGUCCACCCACCGCCUAUCCAUCAUGCUGAACCCCCAGGAGAACCGACUCCACCAACAACUUAAAUCACUUCCUCCACCUUCUGCAACUAGCCAAAGCGGCCAGCACACUUCCCCCGCUCAAGACACCCACCAUGCAAGCAUGACUUCCAGAUUCGACCACCUUUCUGGAGAGCCCGUUGGAAUGGUGUUUCCCUUCGACGGAUGA